ACGCUUUAUUUUGAAAUCUGUAUACCGGAAGUGGUCGUUGUCAAGGGCUGGACUGCCAACUGUCGCUUCGUUGUCGUGCAAUCCAGCUAGCUCAUUAGCUGGCUAGCUUGUUUUUUACUCCAUAUCCAACAUUUGCUGCUGAGGAGGGGGCGAGGGAUAAACAUUAGGCACCAUGUUGGUCCCCAUAUUCACUCUGAAGCUGAACCACAAGAUUAACCCUCGCAUGGUGACUGUUGGGAAAUUUGAUGGAGUCCACCCAUGCCUUACUGCAGCCACACAGGCUGGAAAGGUUUUUAUCCAUAACCCUCAUGCUCGUGGUCAGAGACCUGUGACCCACCGACUGAGCCAGAGCACCCAGGACUCCGACAUCUCUCUGCUCAACAUCAACCAGGCCGUCACCUGUCUGACGGCAGGAACACUAGGACCAAACACCACUGGAGACACACUGUUGGUUGGAUCCCAGACCAACCUGCUUGCCUAUGAUGUCCAUGACAAUGCUGAUAUAUUCUACAGAGAGGUGACAGAUGGGGCAAAUGCUAUUGUGUUGGGUAAACUUGGGGACAUCCCGAAUCCUCUCGCCAUCAUUGGAGGGAACUGUGCUUUACAAGGCUUUGACUAUGAGGGAAACGACCACUUCUGGACAGUAACUGGAGAUAAUGUCAGAUCUCUGGUGCUCUGUGACUUCACUGGGGAUGGAAAAAAUGAGCUCCUGGUUGGAUCUGAGGACUUUGACAUCAGGGUAUUCAAAGAGGAUGAGCUUCUGUCUGAGAUGACUGAAAAUGAGACAGUUACAUCACUGUGCCAUAUGCAUGGCAGCAGGUUUGGCUAUGCCCUGGCCAAUGGCACUGUGGGAGUUUAUGAUCGUACUGCCCGUUACUGGAGGAUUAAGUCUAAGAAUCAUGCGAUGAGCAUCCAUGCCUUUGACCUGAAUGCUGAUGGGGUUGUGGAGCUUAUCACCGGCUGGUCCAAUGGAAAGAUUGAUGCUCGUAGCGACCGCACAGGCGAGGUCAUUUUCAAAGAUAACUUCUCCUCUUCUGUAGCCGGAGUGGUGGAGGGAGACUACAGGUUGGAUGGACAGCAACAACUUAUCUGCUGCUCUGUAGAGGGAGAGGUCCGUGGUUACCUGCCAGCCAGUAAGGACCUCAAAGGGAAUCUCAUGGACACCAGUUCUGAACAGGACCUCAUUAGAGAGCUCAGUCAGCGCAGACAGAACCUGCUGCUGGAGCUACGCAACUAUGAAGAGAAUGCCAAGGGUGUGUCAGAGACAAACAGUGGGGUAGGUGUCAUACCAGCUAACACUCAACUCCAGACGGCAUUGUCAGUGAGGCCUGCUACAGAGGCCCAGAAGGCUCAUGUAGAGCUCAGCAUUUCAACACCAAAUGAAACCAUUAUCCGUGCAGUGCUCAUCUUCGCAGAGGGGAUAUUUGAGGGGGAGAGCCACGUUGUCCACCCCAGUGCCCAGAACUUGUCUGGCUGUGUCCGAGUCCCCAUUGUCCCCCCAAAAGAUAUACCAGUAGAUCUGCACAUCAAAGCCUUUGUUGGAGGGAAAAUUAGCACCCAGUUUCAUGUGUUUGAAAUCACUCGCCAGCUGCCUCGUUUCUCCAUGUAUGACGUUGCAGUUGACUCCUCAGUUGCUCCACCCUCUGGAAGGGUCACCUUUAGCAUCAACGACCGACCACAGCGGGUGGUGAUGUGGCUGAAUCAGAACUUCCUGAUUCCAGAGGGAGUCGACAGUCCUGAUGUUACUUUUACUUCACUAAGAGGAGGGGGACUGUUGUCCAUCAGCAUGGCCAGCAAUGGACAGAUCACUCUGAGAACUGAUGACAUUGACCUGGCAGGAGAUUUGGUCCAGUCACUGGCCUCCUUCCUGGCAAUAGAGGACUUGUCAGCAGAAGCAGACUUCCCCGGAUACUUUGAGGAGCUACGUACUACACUCACUGAGGUGGAUGAGUUCCACUCUGUCCAUCAGAAGUUAACUGCAGCUAUGGCUGACCACUCCAACUACAUUAGGAACAUGCUGGUGCAAGCAGAGGACGCCCGCCUAAUGGGUGACAUGAUCACCAUGAAGAAGCGUUACAGAGAGCUGUAUGAUCUGAACAGGGAUCUGAUCAAUGAGUAUAAAAUCCGCUCUAACAACCACAAUGCACUUCUUGCCUGCCUCAAGUCUGUCAACCAGGCCAUACAGCGGGCUGGUAGACUCCGAGUGGGUAAGCCCAAGAACCAAGUGAUCUCUGCCUGUCGAGACGCCAUCAAGAGCAACAACAUCAACGCGCUCUUCAGGGUCAUGAGAGCGGGCACUGCAUCCUCCUGAGGGUGGAAAGAAAGGGAAUGGACGAAUAGAGUGAAAGAAGAGGGGUUGCCACCAGCACAACUGAUCAGUGCUGUAAUGUUGGACUGAAUAAAUAGCCUGGGAUGAGACUAUACAUGGACAUGAAAAUCACUAGAGGACCGGGGACACCCAGACUGUGGAAUCAGGAUGCUGUUUUAGCCUUAAUCUUUUUUUUUUCCCAUGAUUCUGGAACGAGCAACAUUUGGCACCAGCUCCAUAUACUUUGACUGUACUUGAAACUUGAAAUCCUGCUAGCUCACAGAAAUAUAAAGCUGACCACAGGCUUAGUAUGCUGGUAGACUUGUCAUGCAUCUCUGUGUAGCUCUGUGGCUGUUGGAAGAGUUUGAUUUAGUUCAGUUUCAGCUUUGCUACACAAUUGUCAUACUUUGUGUCAGCAAGCGGGAAUGACACAGUUGUUCAGAGAGUUCAGCUGGACCAAAACAGGGACGGAAGGCUUUCCCCAUACUGAUUAAAGUGAUGCUUCGGAGGAUUUUGUCAUUAACGCAAUGAUCGGAAAGGUCCAACAUGUUACUGAUGUCUUCAAGUCAUGAAAAACUAAAAUUAGUUUAUCUUCAGCUAUGCGCUCACAUAUUCCCUCUGUUAGCAUCAGUAGUUGAGCCUAAUGUCCAUCCUAGUGAUGUUGCACAAUUGUCUGAGUAAUGUUUAAACUUCAGAAAAGUCCCCCAAACUGUCUUUUUCCACAAAAACAUGAGGGUUUGUACAAAGGGGCCAUUUGUUUGAUGAGGGCCCUGACUGUUUAUUUCAGCUGAUACAGCGAUGUUUAGAGAGAGCGCAGCUGGUGCGAGACAGAGAGCAGCCUCCUCUCAGAUAGAGAGUCGUGCCAUUCAGAUCACCCUGAUGGCUCUGUGUGACAGCUCGCUCAGACUCAGGUCUCUGCCCGCGGCCGUUUGUGUGUUUGUGUGGUGUUUGUAGCCAAAGAAAACUAUUUUAAAAUAAUGAAUGUCAGCGAGGACCAGCGCUGUGUGUUGAACCUGUUUACCUUUUGUAGCUUGUACAUAGAGAAUGAAAAUGUAAUUUUGUGUUUGUGACAGAUAAACUCCUAUUAAAUUAUCUUUUGAAAGUCUACAGU